AUGGCGGACGACGACUCCCAUCUCUCUCUACCAACCCCGAACUCAGCCCUCGGCUCAUCUACCUCACACUUCUACCCCUUCGCAACCUCACCAGACAUCAUCCGCUCGCAUGAAAAGGAUGCAUACCUCACGGGCACCCUAAUCCAACAAUCCCAAGGGAUCAUCCGUGCUCUCCGCGGCGCCCGAUACGCCCACACCCACUCCGACGCCAUCAAGCACCUCACAGAACUCCUCUACUUCACCCUCACAACCGCCAUCGGCAACCGCACCCUAGGCGAAGAAUACUGCGACCUUGUACAACUAGAAGACGACACACUUCAAUUACCGUCAAUCGGCCGUCGCGUGGGAUACAUCCUAAGCACCAUCCUAGUACCAUGGACACUGCAGCGGCUACUACCUGCACUGCGACAGAGAAUGCGCAACAAGCUCGAGCGCAACAUCGCACGCCAGCAGUCACGAGAGGCGCAGCAGGCUGGCCUACUCAACAAGCCCCAGUUCUCAACUACCCCGACUAAACGGCCGUUCUUUACGAAACUGCGCAUCCAGCAGUAUAUCCUUGAACACCUGGACUCCAUCACAUCCCUGUCGCCCAUUUAUGCGCUGAGCAUUGCGACAUUCUAUUUCACGGGCUCGUACUACCAUCUCUCCAAACGGCUCUGGAGACUGCGCUACGUGUUCACGAAGAAGAUCGAGGAGAAUGAGCAGCGCAUCGGGUAUGAGGUUCUGGGUGUGUUGCUUGUUCUCCAGAUCACUGUGCAGGGAUUCCUGCACGUCCGCAAGCUGGGCGCCAGCAUGAAUGAAGACGAGAGCUGCUCUGCGGACGCGGGCCAGUCUGCCCCGGAUGGAGCUGUUCUCGCUUCCAUUCAGAACCCGUCUGCUAUUCCUCUUCUUCCUGCGUCUGUGCCUCUGUAUGAUCUAGAGGAGGAUCCUAGCGCCAUCUCGUGGAUCCCAGAGGGCCAGCAGCGAAAGUGCACCCUGUGUCUGGAGAUGUUCAAGGAUCCUAGUGUUACUACCUGUGGACAUGUCUUUUGCUGGAUUUGUGUUCGGGAUUGGGUUCGGGAAAAGCCUGAGUGCCCGCUCUGCCGACAGGAAGUCUUAUUGUCGAAGGUGCUUCCUCUGAGAGGGUAG